AUGAGGAGGGAGAACCAGAGCAGCAUGUCCAUGUUUCUCUUCCUGCGGCUGCCCAUUCAGGCAGAGAAGCAGGGCAUGUUUUUUGUGCUGCUCCUGGGCAUGAACCUGACCACGGUGCUGGGGAACCUGCUCAUCAUCCUGCUCAUCAGGCUGGAACCUCGCCUCCACAUUCUCAUUUAUUCCUUCCUCAUCACUUGGCCCUCACAGAUAGUGAUGGCUUGUGACAGGUAUGUAACCACUUAUCAGACUCUCCAUUACACUUAUGUCAUGAAGCAGGAACUGUGUGUCUCCCCAGUAGCUGUGUCCUGGUUCCUCUGUUGUAUCCAUGCCCUGUUACACACCCUCCUUUUGGUCCAACCACCAUUCUGUGCUGACAAUGUCAUCCUCCACUUCUUCUGUGACCUCACUGUAUUCCUGAAGUUAAGCUGUUCAGACACCUCCCUCAAUUUGCUGGUCAUCUUUACUGUGGCUGGAGUUCUUUUCAUCCCGCCUUUGAGCAGUAUCAUGGGCUGGUAUAUUCAUACAGGGACCACAGUUUUGAGGUCUCCUACACCAAGAGACACUUUAACUUUUGUUCCACCUGUGGCUCCCUUCUCUUUGUGGUGUCUUCACACUAUGGGACACUUGCUAGUGUUUACUUUUUCUCCUCAUCAUGGUACUCCAAUGACAAACAUAAUCGUUUCUGUUGUGUAUGCAAUAGUUAGUCCCAUGCCGAACCCCUUCAUCUCCAGCCUCCAGAACAGAAAUAUAAAACACGCCUUAGAGAUAUUUGUCAAUAGGGCUAACAUCUUAAAUUGA